GCUGUCGAAAUAAAUUGUGGCCGUGUGGCCGUGUGGCCGUGUGGCCGUGUGGCCGUGUGUGGCCGUGUGGCCGUGUGGCCGGGUGGCCGGCCGUGGCCGGGUGGCCGGGUGGCCGUGGCCGGGUGGCCGGCCGUGGCCGGGUGGCCGUGGCCGUGGCCGCCGGUGGCCGUGGCGGGUGGCCGGGUGGCCGGGUGGCCGUGGCCGUGGCCGGGCCGUGGCCGGGAUGGCCGGCAGUCGAGGCGGCCAGACAAGCUAACCAGCAGGAACCUGCUCUGACUUUUGCUUUGGUUUCCCCGGAGCCGGAAGAUAGUGCAGCAGGAACAAUUGCCCAGCUUGUCAUCACAGAGGGCGAAAGGGCAGAGUUCCGUUCCACUAUUUUAUCAGUGUAUGACUCAGAUGAGGAUUUGCCCACUGAUCACUUCGCGGUGCUCAUCACUGUCCAAGGGACAGAUGGGCUCAGGAUGCCCUCGCGACAAUUUGCACAUGUCUUUCUUAGCCGUGUGGCUGGAAGGGAUAUUUUACGGCUGGCAGUUCCCAACGAGCACUCCCACCGGCCGACCAUCAUUCAGAUGGCUGGACAGACAUAUUUCCCUGAUGAGAGUCUUAUCAUCAGAUCGGGAACGUCCUUGUCAGUGCUGGUUUCCGGUGCUGAGCUUGACAUUUUCACGGAUCAAAUUGCUGAUGCUUUUAGUCUCUUUCAGCGUAAUGCAACAUUGAUCCUGCCCCAGCCACGACUCUGCAAGCAAGGUGACAAUGUCCAAAAUGAUGAAUUUCCCAUGACAUUUCCGGAUCAGCAUGUCCGUCGACCGCCGAGGCCUUAUCAUGAUGGUGGUGAACAAUGGAUUGAAGAUUUAGCUCCUUCCUUUCAGACGGCUGUUGACUAUAAUGCUUGGGAUGAUGAAGUCACUAUACAAGCGACUGUGUGGUACAUUCACCAUACAAGGAGACCGACAUGCCAUCGACCAAGGUAUGUUAACCUUGCAAAUAAUCCUAUCACUUGGAUUGAUGCGCUGCGCAACUCAUGGAGCGAUUUGCUUGAUGUUAGCUUGCCUUUUGCGGUGUUUGUAGUGCGACCUAGGCCUCCACAGUUCCGAUCCUUCCGCAGUGCAUGCCAUAUCAUUCUUGAGCAGGCGCCCAACGACCAGAGUGCUGCCGUUGUAUUGACGACUCUCAUUGAAGGGACAGCUCGUGACGGCAUGGUCCAGGGUGCCUUCUCUAUCAGCACGCGCACUAAUUUGGCAGAAGUGAUACGAGCAAUGGACACCACAUAUUACUGUGCUGGGAAUCAAUGCAUACUCUUCUCCAAUGGUCGAGCUGUGCCUGACCAGGAUUGUGUUGAUGUGGUGACUGGCUCAAGCCUUUAUUUGCGUGUUGUUGCACAAGACCCGGAAGCCGAUGAAGCUGAAGAGGUCAGAUUGCACUUCGAAGAUCUUGCGUUUAUGCAGAACUCGCUAUUCCGGUUCAAUCCGGAUGCAGCCGUUUUCCAACCUGGACAGGGGUCGAUCCACACCCAGCCUGAACAUUUGCAAAAUUUGUUUGCUUGUUGGGACAAUUGUGCUUUUGAGUGGGAGAACGAAUCACGAGCUGCGCAUAUUCUCACAUGGUUCGUUGCACCAGGCCUUGGACAGAUGAGAUGUUUGCAAAGCAGGAAAGUAACUCUCUUCCAAGAUUUCACGCAAUGGGAAGGAAAAAUGAAAGCUCGGUGGAGAGACUUUAUUGAUCCCACAAGCCCUAUCUCAUUUGUAGUUGUGCAACCGGCUCCGCCACACCUGGAACCCUCUAUCAGCGCACAUGUUUUGCUGAUACAGCAUGAACUGCAUGAUCAGUCUUCGCCAUUAGUCACUGUUUAUGAUUCAGCGAUCAAUCAGGGAAUGCCGUUUAGAGUUGUUCUCACACUUAAUGAGCGAACUACUAUUCCGGAGGUGAUCAAUGCUCUUGGGUAUACGCGUGACUGUCAAUGCCCAGGAACAACAUGCGCACUGUGGAUUGAAAGGUUGUUUGUGCAGUCGGGUAGUCCGCUUGCAGUCCGAGAUGGUAAUUGUAUUGUUGUACAAGUAACCCGGACUAUGCUACCUGCUGAUUGGCAACCACCCAUUGUCCCUGAGACGCCAGGUACUGAAGGACUGAAUUUCCUCCAGACUCGUGCAAGUAGAGUCAGUCUGACUGAACCGCAUGACCGUGAUCACUCACAAACUGAUGAGGUGCGACUUGAACUGAAGCCAGCCAUCGUGGCAUUUGAAUGGAUUGACAUGCAUCUUUUUCUGCCGAGCCUUGUUGUUCCUGAAGGCGUUCAAUUGUUGCCUGCCAGUCGGCAUUGGGUUGACCUGCCACCCUGGAUGAUUGGGCAACCUUGUGAUGCUAUAUGGAUUUAUCUUGAUGGCUCAUUUAGGUCAGAGGAGAAGGGUGCUGGUAUUGGUGUUGCGGCCUUCAUUCGUGCUGGCACAGCAUGGUUUUCUGCAGGGAUGAUAUCUAGUUGCAUCCAAGCUUCUGAUUCUUACACCCCUGAAGUAGCAGCGGCCCUGGUUGCUUCUAAGUUUGCAUUUGAUCUUGCCAAACAAGUUUUGUUUGCCCAGACUUCGCCUUGCGAAAUUUGGAUCGGUUUUGAUUCUCUUACAGUCGGGCAGCAGAUGGCCGGAGCCUGGAAUAGCUAUAAGGCACCUAUGGCUACCAGUGCAAUGCGCAGCCUGCACCGGCUUAUUGAAGCGCGGCAUUGGCAAGAGACAUGUCUGUGCCUACCCAAGCACCCGACCACCAUACCGAGCACAGAAGUUCUUCCGCAAAAUCCUGUGGCUGCCCCACCGACCGACGAAGUUCUAGGGCGCUACACAUUGACGUUAGGGACUUGUAAUGUCUUGACGUUGAAAGGUAAGGAAGACCAUGUAGGAGGUAUUGAUGGAAUCUCUCGCCAAGAUGCCAUUCUCGAGCAGUUCAAAGCGCAGGGUGUGCACAUUCUUGCCUUGCAAGAGACUCGUUUGCGGAAGCUCUACAGAUCACAUGAUCUCCAACGGCAGACCGUGCUGCGGCUUUGCUUCCAAAGUCUGAAAGAUCCUGGCAUGAAGCAUUGUUCUGCCACCAUGAAUAGGGGUGCCAACCGAACGGAAGCUGUCCAAAGUGCCGGCCCCAUGAUUCCUUUCCAACAUGCAUUGGAGACUCAAAUCACCAAUUGGCAGUGUGAGAUUGCACGCAUUCAGGAGGAGUUGCAAAAUAUUCAAAAACCUCCUGACGUGGUUGCAGCGGAUGGGUUGUUGAGAAUGGGCCUGACUCAGGCUACUAGGCAGUGGUUUGCCCGAUUUUGUGAAGCAUCAUAUGACCUUGCAGUCUCGGGUCCUCUCGAGGACUACUGGUAUGAUUACUUGAUUCAAUGGCCUCAUGAUUUUGAUAGCUGGUAUUCUGAUGGACUCCUUGCUUGGGGGCAAGCGGACUUGCCCGAUGUUGUGGCGGAAUUUGUCGAUGGAGAAGCAGAGCAGUUUGCAGAUAAUGCACUUUACGAAGUCUCUAGAGACAUGCCGCGUAGCCAACUCCGUGACAGACUCUCUUUUUUGCAGCGCUGUGUUGCCCAAGCUCGAGAAGAGCUGACACAGGACGUUGCACAUAGGGUUGUUAAGGUUGCGGCUGAUAGCAGGGGAAUGCGCGCUGCCCAGCGCAAUGUGGAUGCCAUCUAUACCCAAUUCGAAGGUCAGACGGAAUGGCAUGAUGAAUUGCGAAUGACCAAAUGGCAGACUGUCCCAUCCGGCUUGGCGAAAGCUGUUAUCGACCAAAUUUGUACAAAUCAGCGGUCUAACAGCGAGCCCUUUAGUCUUUUGUCCUUGAGCGAUCCUGAAUUGGCUAACUGGCUGAAGGAAGCUUUGCUGCAAUGCACAGCGAUCCGUGCGAAUCAAUCACAUUU